UUCUUCACUAAAUCUUAACUCAAAAAAACACUUCCAAGAUUUUGCUUCCUCUUCUAAUCUCCCCAUGGCUUCCUCCACCAUCACCACCACCACACUCUCCGACCUCCCUGACGUCAUCUUAUCAAACAUCUGCGCACUCGUCGCCGACACACGAGCUCGCAACUCCCUCUCCCUCGUCUCCCGCAAGUUCCUCGCCCUCGAGAGAUCAACCCGCUCUCACCUCACUCUCCGCGGCAACGCGCGUGACCUCCACCUCCUCCCCGGCUGUUUCCGAUCCAUCUCCCACCUCGAUCUCUCCUUCCUCUCCCCGUGGGGCCACUCUCUCCUCUCCUCUCUCCCCAUUGACCACCAGAACCUCCUCGCUCUCCGUCUCCGCCUCUGUUUCCCCUCCGUCUCCUCCCUCGCCGUCUACGCACGCUCCCCGACCUCCCUCGAGCUUCUCCUCCCUCAAUGGCCGAGGAUCCGCCACGUCAAGCUCGUCCGCUGGCACCAGAGAGCUUCUCAUAUCCCUCUGGGAGGCGACUUCGUCUCCAUCUUCGAGCACUGCGGCGGCUCCCUCGAGUCGUUAGAUCUCUCCGCUUUCUACCACUGGACGGAAGACUUGCCUCCCGUUCUCCUCCGUUACGCUGACGUGGCCGCCAGGCUAACUCGUUUGAAUCUUCUAACGGCGUCGUUUAACGAAGGUUACAAGUCUAGCGAGAUCGUUGAUAUAACCAGAGCUUGUCCUAAUCUCACAGACUUCCGCGUAGCGUGCACGUUUGAUCCGAGAUACUUCGAGUUUGUAGGCGACGAGACUCUCUCCGCCGUGUCAACCAACUGUCCUAAACUUACACUCCUCCACAUGGUCGACACGGCGGCGGCUCUAACGAGUCCCAGAGCGGUUCCAGGUAACGACGCUGGAGACUCGGCUGUCACGGUGGGGACGCUUGUGGAAUUUUUCUCAGCUCUGCCGUGUCUAGAGGAGCUUGUGCUUGACGUAGGGAGGAACGUGAAGCAGAGUGGUGUGGCUUUAGAGGCGUUGAACUCCAAAUGCAAGAAGCUAAGAGCUUUGAAGUUAGGACAGUUCCAUGGUGUUUGCUCCGCUACAGAGUGGCGGCUCGACGGUGUAGCGUUAUGCGGAGGUUUACAGUCGUUGUCGAUCAAGAACUCUGUUGAUUUGAGUGAUAUGGGUUUGGUGGCUAUAGGGAGAGGAUGCUGUAAGCUGAGUAAGUUUGAGAUUCAAGGGUGUGAGAAUGUGACGGUGAAGGGAGUUAGAACAAUGGUUACUCUUCUGAGAAAGACUUUGACUGAUGUUAGAAUCUCUUGCUGUAAGAACUUAGAUGCAACAGCUUCGUUAAAGGCUGUUGAGCCUAUCUAUGAUAGAAUCAAGAAACUGCAUAUUGAUUGUGUUUGGUCUAGUUUAGAGGAGGAAGGAGGUGUGGAGGAGACUAGCCAUGAUGAUGAUGAGUAUGAGAGGAGUCAGAAGAGGUGCAAGUAUUCAUCGGAUGAAGCCUUGAAUGGGUUCUGUUCUGAAGACAGAGUGUGGGAGAAGUUAGAGUAUCUGUCUUUAUGGAUCAGUGUCGGAGAGUUUCUAACGCCAUUACCUAUGACAGGACUACAUGACUGUCCGAACUUGGAAGAGAUUAGGAUCAAGAUAGAAGGAGACUGCAGAGGCAAACGCAAGCCAUCAGAGCCAGAGCUAGGCCUAAGCUGUCUUGCUCUCUAUCCAAAGCUCUCCAAGAUGCAACUAGACUGCGGUGACACAAUCGGUUACGCAUUGACCGCACCUCCCUUGCAGAUGGAUCUGAGCUUGUGGGAGAGAUUCUUCUUGACUGGAAUCGGUAACUUGAGCUUGAGCGAGCUAGAUUAUUGGCCGCCACAGGAUAGAGAUGUGAACCAGAGGAGUCUUUCGCUUCCCGGUGCAGGUUUGUUGCAAGAAUGUUUAACUCUGAGGAAGCUAUUCAUCCAUGGAACGGCUCAUGAGCAUUUCAUGAAUUUUUUGUUGAGGAUCCCUAACUUGAGGGAUGUGCAGCUUAGAGAAGACUAUUACCCAGCGCCUGAGAAUGAUAUGAGCACUGAGAUGAGAGUUGGUUCUUGUAGUAGAUUUGAGGAUCAGUUGAACAGCCGCAAUAUCAUUGACUGAAACUAAACAAUUGAGUUACUAA